ACCUCUCUCUCUCCCCGACGCUGAUGCAAUGGCACAAGGUAGCAGAUUGUCAAACUGCGGGCGAGUAGCCUCGGAGGGGACAUAAACCCAAUAAUCGGUGCCACAGGGCCAACUAUCAGUGCGGCUCCAGAACAGCAAUCUGACACGGGCAUACAUGCGCACUGCAGUUUAUAGUCAAUUCGAGUCUCCUCCGACGGAGCCACACGCAGCAGUGACUAAUCCGACCUCAGCCUUCUCCAGGUCCUGUUUCCGCCGCAGCCUUUUCCACCCGAUUUUGGACCAAAACAUUGCCACUGCGUCAGACUGUAACUUCGUCAGGCCCCAUCGCUCGGAUCCCGCGGAAGCCUGGUGUGUCAAGUGAAGGAGCCAGGCCAAACACACGAAGUAAGACAGGAGGACGCUAGAGGAAGUGGUGACACGUACAGACCAGGGGGGACCAGCAGGGGGCUAGGAGUGGAGCGGAAGGCGACACAGUCACAAAGAGCAAGAGGUGGAGACCCUAGCAGGACAGGGCUGGAACAACAGCAAGGGGCGUCGGUCAUGCUCUAGCACACGGAGAGGAGGCUGAACCUCACCAGAGAUACACUUCCCCAAAAACCCUCCUCUCUCUCACUACCUCCCUCCCACUGCCCCUGCACUGCGGUGCCAGUGAGGAUGCCCAGGCGGCUAUUGUGACGGGUCGCGACGGUGUGUGUAGGUGGGCAGGCUGAGCUACGAUGCGGCCCUGGGCGGGCUCCUGGCGCUGGGUUACCCUGGUACUGCUGGCGUGGGGCACGCUGCUAUUCUACAUCGGGGGCCACCUGGUGAGGGACAGUGAGCACCCAGAGAGAUCCAGCAGAGAGCUAUCCAAGAUCCUUGCCAAGCUGGAACGCCUCAAGCAGCAGAACGAGGACCUACGACGCAUGGCUGAGUCCCUCAGGAUACCUGAGGACCAGGUAGAAGAGGGAGGGGCCCUGGCUGUGGGGAGGCUACGCUCCCUGGAGGACCAGCUGACCAGAGCCAAGCAGAAGAUACACAGCUUCCAGAGACUGACUGGAGAUGGUCCGGGCUCCACCCAGGAGGAGCUGAGGCGGAGGGUGGAGAACGGUGUGAGGGAGCUCUGGUACUUUGUCAGCAGCGAGGUGAAGAAGCUGGGCCAUGUGGAGGCUGGAGAAAGGCCCAGACAAGCUGACACCCUGAUACAAGACCUGGGACACCAGCAGAGGUCCAUCAUGACAGACCUGUAUUACCUCAGCCAGGCUGACGGAGUUGGAGACUGGAGGGUGAAGGAGGCCAGGGACCUGUCUAACCUGGUGCAGAACAGGAUCACGUACCUACAGAACCCCCAAGACUGCAGUAAGGCCAGGAAGCUGGUGUGUAACAUCAACAAGGGCUGUGGCUACGGCUGUCAGCUGCACCACGUGGUCUACUGCUUCAUGAUCGCCUAUGGCACACAGCGCACCCUCAUCCUGGAGUCCCACAACUGGCGCUACGCCACGGGCGGCUGGGAGACUGUCUUCCACCCCGUCAGCAACUCCUGUACUGAGCGUACCGGGGUGUCUACAGGGCACUGGUCAGGUGAAACCCAUGACAAGGACAUCCAGGUGGUGGAGUUACCCAUCGUGGACAGCCUUCAGCCCCGCCCCCCCUACCUGCCCUUGUCCAUCCCUGAAGACCUAGCCCAGCGCCUCCACCGGCUCCAUGGUGACCCGUCCGUGUGGUGGGUGUCCCAGUUCGUCAAGUACCUGGUCCAUCCUCAGGCCUGGCUGGAGAAGGAGAUCCUGGAUACCACAGCCAAGCUGGGUUUCAGGCAUCCCAUCAUAGGGGUUCAUGUUCGGAGGACAGAUAAGGUGGGGACGGAAGCAGCAUUCCACCCUAUAGAGGAGUAUAUGGUUCACGUGGAGGAACAGUUCCAGCACAUGGCCCGACGUUUCCACGUGGACAAGAAACGAGUCUACCUGGCAACAGAUGACCCUUCACUACUGCAAGAGGCUAAGACCAAGUACCUAGACUAUGAGUUCAUCAGUGAUAACUCUAUCUCGUGGUCGGCCGGUCUGCACAACCGCUACACUGAGAACUCUCUGAGAGGAGUGAUCCUAGACAUACACUUCCUGUCACAGACUGACUUCCUGGUCUGCACCUUCUCCUCACAGGUGUGCCGCGUGGCCUACGAGAUCAUGCAGACGCUGCACCCGGAUGCCUCCUCCUUCUUUCACUCACUAGACGACAUCUACUACUUCGGGGGCCAGAAUGCCCACAACCAGAUCGCCAUCUACCCCCACCACCCCCGCAGCCCAGAGGACGUACCCCUGGAGCCCGGUGACGUCAUCGGCGUGGCAGGGAACCACUGGGACGGCUACUCAAAAGGGGUCAACCGUAAAAUGGGGCGCACCGGUCUCUACCCAUCCUACAAAGUCAAGGAGAAGAUCGAAACCGUAAAGUACCCCACGUACCCCGAGGCAGACAAGCUGCUCUCAAACUCUCAACGGAAGUGAAG